CUGUGGGAGAAGACGCUUUUUUCGCUGUCGAUUACGCUUCGACGGGCUGUUCGUGUCUGUACUCAACGAGCAGAAAAAACAGAGACUAAAACAAAGAAAAGUUUUAUAGGGUAGAGAGUGACUAAUUUAUUCUGCUAUUUUAAUUGUUUUAGAAAUGGAAGUACAGAGACCCAAAAACGGGUGUCAGGCGUCACCGUCGGUGAAACUGUCAAAUGGGUACAUUUUGCCUGAAGGUAAAAUGACACCCAACACACUCUUUGUUGGAGGAAUUGAUAUGAAGGUUGAUGAGAAUGAAAUCAAGGACUUCUUUGCAAGAUAUGGUCCUGUGAAGGAGGUCAAGAUAAUCACCUACCGUGGAGGCAUAUGCAAGGGGUACGGCUUUGUGUCUUUCAAUGAGGAUGUGGAUAUUCAAACCAUUGUUGAACAGCAGAUAAGUUUCAAAGGGAGAAAGCUGAAGUUGGGCCCAGCCAUCAUGAAGGAGCGAAGCUCACGUUUGGUCCAGUCUCACAUGGUAGGACCCUCACCCUGGGUCAGCCCACCCCCCUACCUGUACUGCAGCUGCUGUACACAAAUGGGCGGAAAUGUGCCACAGCCCACAGGCAUCCUGAAUGGAAGCAGUCAGUAUAUCCAGCCAUAUCCAUACUCCAACCUCCCGGGUGUGAUGAUCCCUCAGAUGCCCAUGAGCUACUCACAGCAGACUGCCUACGCAUACCAGUAUGCUUCUCCACAAUGGACUGGGGAGCAGAUGACCCGACACGUCAAUCAGAACUUGGUAGACUGUGGAGUCCAGACACUGCUGACACUACUGUAAUCCAGGCCCUUUAUUGCUCUGAGGGAGCAGGUGCCUAACCUGGCUAAAAAGCCUCUGUCCCCGUCUCCCCCCAGUUGUAUCCAGGGGAAACCAUGCAGACUUCUUCGUUUCUAGGAUGCUCGUCUGGAGCAUCCUGACAUGCUGAGGUGAGGUGUGCCACUACAGGAUUGGCUCAAGCUGGUUUCGACAUUAAACCCAGAGAUGGCACACCGGGGUUUUUAUUUCCAGCUGGGGCUUUUAAAGAGCCUCACAUAUGCUGUGCCAUUAGCAGGAAGAUGUCACGGUUUGCCUGUCUUCAAUUUGUGGUUUGUUUCCUACCUUUAAAGACUUUUAAAAACUCGUCUUUGUGGUAUUUAUUUUUGUCUUUGAAACUCUCUCGUGCUCAGUUAUGCAUUUGGUAUGGUCUUGGAAUGAUGCCGAUCUGAAAUUAUUUUGUUAAACUCUGCUUCUUGGGGGGAUAAAGAUUUUUGAAAACAAUUACUCAGACUGUAAAAGCAUACUGCAGUUUCACUUGUUUGCAGCGUUUCAGUUGGCAAGUAUGUGUGGUAGCCAGCAGCUCUCAUUAUAUUAUACAUUGCAAAUCACUAGAUUUGUGUAUGGUACCAACUUUGACAUUUCUUAUGGAGCUCUUGUGCCGCUGAUCAAACAUGCUUUGAUUUUGGUUUUGUCAGAUACAAAUUAUGGCCUGUUGUAUAAAGGACAAAUCAUUGCAACCAUUUUACACUUGACUGUUUUUGGUGCAUUUUAAUACAGCUACCCUUGUGGGUGAAAUACUGUCAUAUGAUGCUUUGUUUUGACCCACUUUGAGAUAAAGAUAACACAAUCUGUUCAAUUUGACAGUUUUGUUCUUACAUUUUCUUGCACAUUUUGUAAUCACCACUUUAUGUGUUUUACACUUAAAUGGUGUUGGGCUCAAUUUAAUUAGCCAGAGUUGAAGUUUGGUUUCAGUGAGUUUGUUUUGGUUAUGUGAGAAGAUGAGUAUGUACCUGGAAAAGUUUGUCUUCUAUUUGACUGAGCUAGUCACUAUGUUUACAGGUACAUCUGCUGGCUCCAUAGGAAAAGUACCUUUUUACUGAGGGGGGUGGGGUUUAAAAAAAAAAAAAAUAGAAAUGCAGUAUCAAGUAGCAAGGCAUGAAAUUGUGAAGUCUUUUUUUUUGUAAUUAGCAGGUAGCCUUUAACUUUAGUGUUUUGCAUUUGUCAUAUGUAGCAUUUGGAGCUGAUGUUGAGCUGGCUUAUCGUUCUGCAUUGUAUCUUUUGCCCAGGGAAGCGUUUCUUAGGAGUUUUGCCCACGCUUGUUCAUUGGGGGGUAACAGAGCAUAUUGUCCCUUUCAUGUUAUGGUUUGAAUUAUAACUUGAGUUAUUCACAUUCAUGUUAGCUAUUUUUGCUUUAAAAAGAAAUUGCAAUAAAGUUGUUUUUGCAGGAA